AUGGAGCGCGGCAUUUUCGGAAGCAUUAAACACAAGCUCUCACGCAAGGAAUCGAAGGGCGCAUCCUCUUCACCUGCAUCGUCAAGACUCUCUAGAACCUUUAGCUUCAAGUCCACCACUUCGAAUAGCCAGCAGCAGCAGAAUAACCCGUUCACAUCAAGUGCUCCGGCAACCCGUCGCCCAGACCGCCCGGGCAUGAACGCUUUCACUACCCCCUCCACCGAACCUCCGCCGGCGUACAGUCCAACACCACAGUCAUCCAACGCCGCCGCCACAACCGCCACCCCGCUCAACAUGGCAAAUGCGUCGGUGACGCCGAGCGAUGACCGCUACGCCUUUCUCAGCUCCUUCGAUACGAUUUUCUUGAUCGAUGACUCUGGAAGCAUGGCCGGCCGCUCGUGGCGCGAAACAGGGAAGGCACUGGAGGCCAUCACGCCCAUCUGCACGGCACAUGACGCCGAUGGAAUUGACAUUUUUUUCCUCAACCACCCGGAUAACCAAUACUACCAUAAUGUCACGCUGCCUUCCACGGUUACGGAAAUAUUUUCUACUGUCCGACCCAUGGGCGGCACCCCGACGGGUCAACGGCUUAACCAGAUCCUAAAGCCUUACCUUGCUCGCGUAAUCGCGGAUCCGGAUAACACGAAGCCGCUUAACAUUAUCGUGAUUACGGAUGGAGAGCCCAGCGACGAUGUGGAAUCCGUGAUUAUCAACGCUGCCAAGAAGCUGGAUAAGUGCGAUGCUCCGGCCUGGCAGGUAGGAAUUCAGUUUUUCCAAGUUGGCCGCGAGCCAGGCGCCAAAGAGCACUUGAAGCAGCUGGAUGAUGAGCUUGCACAGCUGGCAGGUGAGGAUGAUCUCAGAGAUAUUGUGGAUACGGUGCCGUUUACUGGCGCUGAUGACACUGAAUUGACUGGCGAAGGAAUUCUCAAGGUUGUGCUUGGUGCAGUGAACCGGAGAUUGGACCGUAAGAAGUCUAAGGAUCUCUACAGGUGA